AUGAGAAAAAAUAUUGGCUCUGAUGAUGAUGAUGACGAUGAUUUAAGUCAUCCAUCACCACUUUUACAAACUCAACGUUUUAGUAAAACAGAUAAUUUUGGUACAAAAGAUUUUCGAGCAACAUUUACAAGACCUAAACAUACUGAUGAAUCCAAUAUGAAAUUAAAUUUAAAAACCAUUCAUGAUAAUGAUGAUGAUAGUUUAAAUGAUUCGGAUGAUGAUUUAAAUACUAAAACAGCUCGAAGUACUUCAAGUGGUACAUCGAGUCAAUUGACACCUAAGCCAAAAGAACGUUCAUUUUUAAAAAAAGAUAAUGAAAAACCAAAAAUAGCACAACGACGAAUUGAUAUUGAUGAUGAUGAACGUAAUGUAUUUGGACAAACAACAAUGAAACCAAGUCCAAGACAACGUAUAACAACAUUACAUGAAGAUGAACAAAAUGAUCAACGAUUUGCGCAAGGUUUUGCAAAUGAAAAAAAACGACAAUCACCAACAGAUUUAUUUUCAACUGAUCAAAAAUUUGAUUCAAGACGUAAUAGCAGAAAAUCUUCUAAUGAUCAUAUAGAUAAAAAACAUGAUGAUAGUGAUGAUGAAGGUAUUAUUGUUCCAUCAGCAAAACAUAAUGAUUUUCAAAAAUCUCGACAUACAUCAAUUAAUGAUGAUAGAUCACAUUCACGAAAAAAUAGUACGAGAAGUAAAGAUGGAACAGACAAAAGUGAUAAUGAAGAUACCGAUUAUCAACAUUCAAAUAGACAAUCUGAUCGACAAGAUUUUAAAAAACCAAGAUCAUCAGUUCAUGAUUUAGCACAGACAUCACCUAAAGAUACUGAUUUAAAUACAAAUCAACAUCAAUUAUCAUCAAGUCGACCUAGUUCAGCAAGUAAAAAAGAAGUUGAACCAAUACGUCGUUCAUCAUAUUGUGAAGAACAAGAUGUUGUUAUUCCUCCAGUAACACAUCAACAAUCGCAAUCACGACCAUCAUCAGCUAAAUCAAAUACAUCACGUCAUCAAACUCAAUCAGCUAUUGAUAAUAUUGCCUCAGCUAAUAUUCCACCUACACUUGAUCCUUUAACAUCAAAUAAUGAAGCACUUGCUGCUACACUUCAACCACCUAUACCACCUCCUCGUCCUUCUUCACAAUUACCACCUCGACCUAAACCAAACUUAAAUUCAACAACAAGUGGUGGUAUUAAUAAAAAACAACAAUUCAAAGUUCCUAAUCGUUAUAAAGAAAUUACUUCACGUGUAGAUAAUGGUCGUAAUCCAAAUUCUUCAAUUGAUUUAACAGCAUCGACACAACGUGCCCUUGAAAGAGAACUUAAAUCACAAACAUUACAAAGACCACAAACUGCUCGUGUACGAACAUCAUCAGCAAAUAAUGACAAUAGUAAGAAUAGUAAUGGACGUCAACGACGUCUUUCAUCAUCAGGUUAUGAACAUGUUAAACCACGUGUUAAUACAAAUCUUUCAAUAAAUUUUGAUGAAAUUAAUACAACUCAAAUGCGAGCUGAUUCAGCUCAAUCAAUAAAAGAUGGUGUUUAUCUUGAAUGGUUAAAAACUAAAGAAGAACAAAGAAAACAAGAAUUAGAAGCACAAAAACUUUGGGAAGCUGAAAAAGUUAAACAAGUUAAUAAAACUGCAAUUGAACGUCGAGUUCAACAAAAUUUACAAAAUCUUGAACGAUGGAGACAAGAAAAAGAUGAACAAAUUAAAAUAAAAAAACAAGAAGAAAUUCGAUUAAAACGUGAACAAGAAGAAAAUGCAAAACGAGAAAGAGAACAGAAAAAAAAAGAUGCUAAAGUUGGUUUUGAAGGUUGGGUAGCAGCAAAACAAGAUACAGACAAAGAAAAACUAAAUGAAAGUAUUAAUAAGAAAACUGAAAUUGAAAAACAACAAGAAGAAAAACAAAAGAAAAUUCUCGAAGCUACAAAAGCUUAUGAGGAAUGGAAUGCUAAGAAAGCUCAACAUAUUAAAAAAAAACAGGAGACACAAAAACUCACUCGAGAAGAACAAUUAAAAAAACUUCGUGAAAAUGAAGAAACAAAAUUUGUUAGUGCACAAGAUGCAUAUGAAAAAUGGCUUAAAAAUAAAGAACAAUCUGAAGUUGAUGAUCAAAUGAAUACACAACGACGAAAUUCACUUUCUGUUAAACAACAACAGCAAGUACCAUUUUUACCAGGUGGUUCUCAAAAAAAUACUGGAAAAAUUCCACAUGUUGUUUGGUAA